AUUGAUUAGUAAGGGAAAGAAACCUCGCCGGAAGGUUCUUGUCAAUUGUUAUUUGUCAGUCCGAAGUUUUCCUGUUGUCGGUUCUUCCCCGGACGUCCACCCACUCGGCUCCUUCAAAUCCGACCGAUCCAUAGAUGUGCCACGGCGUCUAAUCAAAUGGGAAGGUGCAACAUACUCAUAACAGGUACUCCUUGUUCUGGAAAAUCUACGAUUGCCAAGGAUGUUGCAGAGAAAACUGGAUUCACCUGGAUAAACAUAAGUGACAUCGCAAUCCAAGAAAACCUGAUUGAAUCGUAUGAUGAAGCCUAUAGUUGCCCAAUAAUUGAUGAGGAAAAGGUUAUUAAUUUCUUGAGUCAAAAAAUUGAGAAAGGAAAUAAUCUCAUAGAGUACCAUGGGUGCAGCUUUUUCCCUGAUGACUGGUUUUCUGCAGUAUUCGUUCCAAGGACAGAGACGUCCUACUUGUACGAUAGACUUAUAAAUAGGGGUUACUCAGGCAGAAAAUUAAAUGACAACAUGGAAUGUGAAAUCUUUCAAGUCCUUCUGGAGGAGGCACGAGAGACUUUUGAUCCGUCAAUUGUUCACGAAUUGCAGAAUAACACUUUACGAGAUCUGGAGAAAAAUGUCUCGACCAUUGUUUCUGAAAUCAAUAAAUUAAAGUAUCCCUAAAACGGUUUUAUUAAAACACAAUAUGUGUGCUUAUCCUCCCUGUAUUGAUAUAAAUGUAACUCCCAAACUGCCAUGACUCCAGUAUUUCCUGUUGGUUGUUUAAAAAAAUAAUUGAAUGUAUAUAUAAUUUUUUAGGUAUAAGGUUUUAGGUCUAGAAUUAUAUAUGUAUAGAUAGAUAAAAUUGAAAGUAGCUUUUUUUAUGUUUUCUUUUAUUUUGUUAUAUCUUGCUUGUUA